CGGCUUCUACGCGCUUCACUCGUCCGUAGCGGUUUUCGUGCAUGUAUGUCACAUGUAUAUGGCGUCGCUGAGGAAGAAGUCCUGGGGUUUCCGGCCGAUUCGUCCGCUCGUUGCAGCUGCGCCUUGUUGGCAUACGCCCUGCAUCAACAUCUUCAUCAUAUGGGCAAUGCUUCUACGGCUACGGCCGUACAUAGGGCAUAGGACAAACUACGUGCCGUGUCUAACUUUAUAGCAUUUAAGAUUCCCAUUCUCCGUUAACACAGUCUUUCAUCAAACAUCUUCUCCAACAUGCCGUUCCACCCUAGCUCGCUCCCAGAUCUCCAAGGCAAAGUCUUCAUCGUGACAGGAGGAAACUCAGGCAUUGGCUACUAUACCGUCGCACAUCUGGCAGAACAUGGCGCGCAUGUGUACAUGUGUGCUCGGAACUCGAAAAAGGGUACAGAAGCCAUAACCGAGAUCAAGAAGAUGCAUCCUGCAGCUCAAGUCGACCUUCUACAAAUGGACCUCAAGGAUCUCAAGAGCGUCGUUGCGGCAGCGCAACGCUUUCUUACACUCGAGACAGCGCUGCACGGUCUUGUCAACAAUGCAGGCAUUAUGGCAACACCAUUCGAGCUCACAAAAGACGGCUACGAGGCGCAAUGGCAGACAAAUUAUCUGGCGCACUGGGUAUUCACACACCACCUCAAGCAGAUGAUGUUGGACACCUCCAAGACUCUGCCGCCCGGAAGCGUGCGUAUCGUCAACAUCACCUCAUCGGGGCACUUGAGCGCCCCAAAUGGUGGCAUCAACUUCGAAGACCUGACACUGAAGGAUGCUACUCCGAUGAUCCGUUAUGGGCAAAGCAAGCUCGCCAAUGUCCUGCACACUAAGUACCUGCAUAAGGCGUACGGUCCAGGUUCCCCCAGCGCCCACAACAACGAUGGUGAGAUCUGGACGUCUUGUGUACAUCCAGGCCUGGUAGAAACAAAUCUCGCAGACGGAGUCGAUAAGGCAGGCUUCAUUAUGACUAGUUUUAUAUCCGUCUUACGGAUGACUGGCAUGUUUUGGUCGGCAGACAAGGGCUCGUACAACAGCUUGUUCUGCGCUGCAAGUGAAGACAUGAAACCGGAUCAGAGUGGUGCGUAUCUAGACAUCUUUAACCGCUUUGGCGAACCAUGGUGGGAGAGUGGUCCAGCAAAGGACGCCGAGCUUGCCGAUAAAUUGGAACAGCACACUCAGCAGAUGAUGGAAACCAACAAAGGACUCUGAACUAACAUAUCUGGAUUGCUUGUACCUCAUGUAUUUCUUUAGUUGUUGAGUUAAUUUGGAAACAUAUAAGACACUGCCAACAUUCGAGGUACCACUCGGAUGUGGCAAUCAGAAUUAAAGUAAAGUAAAUCAAGCAAACC